GAAGGCGAUUGAAAUUCUCCAUCCUGGUCCUUGUUCAUCCUGGUUCUUCAAGAAACACCCGGACGAAAACAUUGUAAAUAUAGCUCACGUGGGUUCGUAUGUCACUAUGGACGCUCCCGUUUCGUGUUUUAGGGGUGUCCUCGUCACAUCAUUAAAAAAAAUGUCGCUAGGGUUUUCAAAAGGACUUCCCUACUACAACUCUAUAAUAUGCGUCUAUUCACUGAAUCGGUAAUCUAACUAUCUGAUGAUGCUUUAGCAGACUUUGUGUCAAACUCUAUUUGUACAGCUUUCUUGGUUUCACGGUUGCCUAUUCUUGCAAUGGAAGAUGACCCCAGUACAUCUACUUAUACUUUGGUAACCACAUUGAAUGAUGAUAUUGAGGAGGAUAGUGGAAGUUUGCCAGAAGACAGUAAAUCUGAUAUCAUGCCAAUCAUGGCAGAAGUUUCAUCAUCCAACGAUGAGGAGAGAAUAAGUGUAUUUAAAACAGAACAUCCAAGCUGCUCUGAGAUAUGUAGCAUGGAGAUGGAACAGUUUGCUGAAGUGGAAGAAGUGGAAAUGGAUUCAAUGAUGAAAACAGAGGUUAUAGGGUUAGAAAACACAGAUGAUAGAGAUACAGAACCUAUUCAUCACUUAGCACCACAGCAGUUUAUUAUUCUGACACGUACUACUGAUGGAAGCGGUGAAAGUGCGCCUGCAAAGUACAUUCGUUUUGAUGGUGCUGAUGGUCAGACGUAUGUCUUAGCAGUUUCAGAUAAUGUCUUGACAACUGAUCCAACUAAAGUAAUGCAAACUCAACAUCCAACCAAGAAUGUCAAGUCAGGGAGAAACAGACAAGCUGGUCCAUCAAAUAUUGUGGCUUCUCCAUCAACAAAUUGUCGAGUAAAAUCAUCCCAUAACGCCAAUGCUGAUGGCAUCAAUCAAGCUUGGUUCACAACAAGGGAUGAUAAAAAUGCACUUCAUAGUGAAGGUCACAAGUGGAAGCAAGGGCAAUGGACUAAAGAAGAAAUUGAAAUUUUAGAAUCCAACAUUAACAGUUACUGUAAGGAACAUAGCAUUAAAGAUCCAGCAGAAGUUAUUUUUGAAAUGUCCAAAGACGAAAGGAAAGAUUUUUAUCGGACUAUAGCUUUAGGGAUACAGCGUCCUCUCUUCUCUGUAUACAGACGUGUGACGAGAAUGUAUGAUCAGAAAAAUCAUAGAGGGAAAUAUACACCAAAUGAAAUGAAAGCCCUUAGAGUUUUAAGAGCAAAACAUGGCAAUGACUGGGCAGCUAUAGGUGGUGCUUUAGGACGUAGUGCUUCAUCAGUAAAAGAUAAAUGCAGACUUAUGAAAGAUAACUGCAAUUCAGGUAAAUGGUAUCCAGAAGAGGAAGAAAGGCUGGCUGCUGCGGUGUAUAAGUUAACUGGGCUCAAACCUUCUGAAAGCAUCACAUCAGGCCUGUCAUGGGCAAGUGUGUCUGAACAUGUUGGAACUAGAUCUGAGAAGCAGUGCAGAACAAAGUGGUUAAAUUACUUAAACUGGAAACAGCAAGGGGGUGCUGACUGGACAAGAGAUGAUGAUACAAUGCUCAUUGAAAAAGUUUCAAAAAUGGAUGUAACUAAUGAUACUGAAAUAGACUGGGUAGCACUGUCACAAGACUGGGCCAGUGUGCGAUCUCCCCAAUGGCUCAGAGGCAAGUGGUGGGCUUUAAAGAGACACAUAGCAGAUUAUAAUAAGUUGAGUUACUCAGCUUUGUUGGAACAAAUGAAUCAAGUAAUUCACUGGAGCCAAAAACCCAAGCUAGGAACUAGACAGUUAAAAUCUGAUGGGGCUGGGACUUCUGAUAUAUUUAAAGAGUGUAUUCCAGUAUCACUCACAGCUGGUGUUGAUGGAAGCGGUUCUCUUUCCUUGUCUUACUGCCCGUCUGAUGAAGAGGGCUUUCAAGCAUUUGAAGUUCUGCAGCAGUGGACGCCCCAGAUAAUCACACAAGCUGCCACAAGCAGUGAUGGUGACCAGGGUAUCCUCAGUGGUGGCACUAGUCAUAUUAUAGUCGCAAACUUGGGUUCUGCUAUCAGUGACUCCAUUCAACUGAAUGGCCAACAACAAGUUAUCAUCAACACAACAGCAGUGUCAGCAGAUGAUGAUGCAGGGGAAGGAAUAACUAUACAAGAAGACGGACUGGUUCAAAAUGAUCAAGAUUUGAGCAAUGACAACCUUCAUGAUGGUGAUAUAAACUCGUUUACCACAAGUGGAGAAGAAAUUACAGUUUCAGAGUAUCACAGUCAGCCAGAAACUGGAGAUAUGAUGUCACAUGAUGUAUUUGAAACAGUUACAGCUGAGUCUAGCAGUGAUCUAGUCAUGGGAGUUACUUCCCCUCACCAUGCAAGUAGCCUCAUGACUAGCUUGAAAGAUCCUAUUUUAAUGUCAUCCUCUGAUGUGGAGUGUGAGAAAAGCCAGAAUGCUGAUGAAUCAGCAGAACUAACUGACUGAAUCAAAAAAUGGCAAUGUACUUCUUUUCACAUACACAGCUUAAUCCAAAAAUACUUGUAUAGUUUUUCUUUAUAGUGAUUAAUCAUCUUCUUUAUUACAUCCCAAAUAGGCAAUUUUAGUCUCUUAGUUCCAGUUGAAUAAAUUGUAUCAGAAUGCUCAGUGAAACGAAACAAGUAUUAUCUUGUAGAAACAUAUGAAGAGAUUAAUUUCUUAUAAUAAUGUGUAUAUUAUGUUUAUUUAUGUACAACUUUAAAACUCCAACUGUAAUACUGUGAUCUGAGUAACAUUAUGUUCAACAAUGCACGUAUUUUUUAAAAAUAAAAUUUGCACUGAAUAUUGUGCUGUUUGUGUACUGGUAAAUUUAUCUUUUUAAACUUUUUUAGCAAUGGUAAAAUGUUGAUUUGCUAAAUUUGAUAAAAUACUGUUUGUAAAUUCAUCCAAAUUCUUUUCUUUUGUAUUGGUGAUUACAGUACAGUAGGUUAAUUCUAAGCACAUGUUAAAGUUUCUAAUGAAUUCUUAACAUUUUUCAACAUUUACUUUAGGGUGUUUUGAAAUUGUUAGUCAUGUUAAGUGCAAUAUUUUACUUAUUUUCUGUGUUUUUAUGGAA